CCAGAGUCUUUCUUCUGGACAUUUAAGGGACCAAGUCGCCCAUCACGUUUGUCAAGGUAAAGACAGAGAUGACAGAAGAACACGGAAAUCAUAUUCAUCAUGAUUCAUUUAUCGUGACAUAUCGUGCAUGCAGGACAUCUUAUUCCCCUACAUCCUGGAGAAUCUGGAGGAAUAUCUGUCUGCUCACUGGGAGGAGGAUGAGUGCAAACAAGACGUGCAUCUGCUCAAGAAACAGUUGUUUGAUGGUCACUUCGACACCAACAUCAGUGCCAAAGUAGAAAGUAAGAGCGGAGAGGAUCGGAUGCCAAGCGGAGGAAAUCGUGUUCUUAACCGACGUCACACGAGAGGCAAAGGCAGCAGAGGAAGCUGGGGUGAAUGAUUCUGUCAUCGCUAGACCUGGAAACAUGGAGUUAACCGCAGAAGAAAGAAGCCAUUAUAAGAGUCAUCACAUCUUUGAGCCAGUUAGAACUGAGCAGAAACGUUUGACAGCACAGAGCCGGGGUUACAGCAUCGGAUCAUAAUGAAAAACCAGCGGGUAUCAUGUGUUGUUAUUCCAGGGGACUGAAACGCCAAGCCUCCCAGGUGCUUGUUUAUUACACUGAAGCCCAUCUUUGAAUUAUCAAUCACUUACAUUCUCUUUGAAUGUUUUAUAUGAGGUGUUAAUGUGCAGCAGCAUAUAAUUUAUGUCUUUAAUCCCCACCUGUGCAGUGAUAUAAACUAUGAUAACCUGCUAACUAGA